AUGUCCAACGCGGACGUCCUCAUCUUCUUCAUCAACGAACAAACUCUCCGCGACGACAACUGCCUGCUGACUCUCCAAUACGCGUGGAAUCUAAUGCUUCCCGUGCUCAUGCUCCGUCCGCCAAACACCAAAUUGGUGAUUUCCAAUCGGGACGCCCAUCGGAACCGCGAAAAGAUACAGUAUGCCAGUGGUAGGAAAUCACAGUGAUGAGGUGAGUUUUUUCUAGACGUAUCGGUGAAAGCGUCAUUGUUCGGAGCGCUAGCGGUGAGCCGUGGCAGUUGUUGAACGGUGGGAACACGGAUAUUGUCGAUUACCAACUCCUUCAGGAUGUUCUAUACGAGGUGAGCCAAUUUGCUCGAAAACCUCCAAAAUGUUGCAAAUUUCUGCAACUUCCAGGGCUACCGCCUCUCGAUUCUCUACGACGAUCAAUCGCACUCCAAAUCGAUGAAUCGUCUCCGCUGCAAGCUCUCCUCCUUCUUCUCCGCCGCCAAUUUCCUCUCGCCCAUGUCAAAAGGCGGCUCUUCCUCGUCGUCGCAACCCCAUUUCUACUUAUCACCCUCGAAUAGCGACUUGUGCGACGCACGUAAAUGUGAGCCGCUUUCCGCAGAAUCCUCACGGAUAAUCACCCGGAUUUCAGUCUCCAAAUCUUCGUCGCCGUCGUCACGUCGUCAACACAUGCGUCUGAAUUUGUCACAGAGCACCGGAAAUUUGUCGGGCGCUGCCGCCGUCGGGCGAGUGAUUCGGACUCCGUAUCCGGUGGGGACCAGAGGAGGACACGGCAAACAUUUUCAGUUUGCCGGCGGCGAUUACGGAGACGACGAGGAGGACGAUGAUUUCGACGAAGCGAUUUACGACGAAGAGGAGGAUCUGGUGAGCAUCAAGACGAGAUCCGGACGAUCCGGCCGACGCAGACACGUUCUGGUAUGAUCUAGAGGACUAUUCUUCUCGAUAAUAUUAAAAACAUUCCAGAAAAGCCCUCCUCCACCGGAUCGCAUUCCAUCCUCGGUCGGAGCGAGUGAAACCGAGGCCGACGAUCCUCUUCCGCCACCUCCGACCAAUCCGAACAUGUUCAAAACGCCUACGGUACCCAUAAAGCACCUAAUUUCAACGGGAAACUCGUUCCAGCUCGAUCUUCCCGAAGAAGAAGACUCAGAAUUCGACGCCGACGCGUUUCCGCUGCCUCCACCCACACCCAUCACCCCGGCAAGCGGCCUUUUCUCGUUGCCCUCCGGCCGCAACAGCACCGCCCGUUCGCGCGGCCUCCGCAGCAGCCGCAACCACGGUUCCAUCACGUCGCGCACGUCGUCUCUGGACCGUCGCAUGAGUCUGACGUGUCUCGAGGACAUGUCCAACUACCAAAAGACUCAAUAUCUCGUUUUUCCGUUGCGCGACUCGGCCAAGAAGCCGUAUUUGGUCAAAUUUCCCGAGGACAUGGCCGAAGAGGAGGAGAAACACGGUGCGAGUGUGUGGGGAAGCGACACGAGUUUGGAGGAGGAAAUUAAGGUGUGUAAUAGCUUGUAGGAGGCGAGAAAGUGCACAUUUUGCAGUUGGCCGAGAAAAUCAACGCCGGAAUCGUCGUCGACUACAUGGACGACUCACCGAUCGCGUCGCCCGCCCCCUAUUUGGGCGACUUACACUAA